AUGACUAAUGCAUCAUUACUUUCUAUUGGCAACAAGAAGCCAAUCAUUGCACUUGACUGUGAUGGUGUACUGCUCGACUAUCAAACAACCUUUCCACAAAUCUACAGAAAAGUCUUUGGAAAACAAUUGACACUUGUCUCGCCAAAAUCAUAUCGUGCCACGACCAGGUAUGGUGUCACAUUUACACCUGAAGAAAAAUCUCAAUUCAAUGCAGCGUGGGAUGUCGAUGGAUGGCGAACAAUGUCUAUGCAUGAUGGAGCUCUUGAAGCUUGUCAUUUAUUGGAUGCAGCUGGUUAUGAAUUAGUAUGUGUCACAGCAUUGCGUGCUUGUUUUAUUGAACAUCGUUUGGAAAAUUUUCGAUUACAUGGAUUUCCUAUUGAUCGAAUCAUUAGCACAAGACGCGACAUAGAAAGUUCAGACAAUAAUCCAAAGAAACAAGCUAUUGAACAAUUACAUCCGAUAGUUUUUGUUGAUGAUAAAAAACGAAACUUCCAAGAUAUUGAAGGGGUACAAACUAAAUUUGUAUUUAUCGAUCAUGAAUUAGAGAAUGAUCCACAUCGAGAUGCAAAUAUUCAUUAUAAUGCUAAAUAUCCAAGUCUUUUGGCAUUUGUCAAAGAUUUCUUGAAAGAUGAUAUUAUCUGGUUGAACAAAUCAGAUUGUUUAGUCUCUUUGACUUAA